AUGUACAGCGUGUGUGUGGUUCUGUGUGUGGGGUUCUGUGUGUGUGGUUCUGUGGGUGUGGUUCUGUGUGUGUGGUUCUGUGUGUGUGGUUCUGUGGGUGUGGUUCUGUGUGUGUGGUUCUGUGGGUGUGGUUCUGUGUGUGUGGUUCUGUGUGUGGGGUUCUGUGUGUGGGGUUCUGUGUGUGUGGUUCUGUGUGUGUGGUUCUGUGUGUGUGGUUCUGUGGGUGUGGUUCUGUGUGUGUGGUUCUGUGUGUGUGGUUCUGUGUGUGUGGUUCUGUGUGUGUGGUUCUGUGUGUGUGGUUCUGUGUGUGUGGUUCUGUGUGUGUGGUUCUGUGUGUGUGGUUCUGUGUGUGUGGUUCUGUGUGUGUGGUUCUGUGGGUGUGGUUCUGUGUGUGUGGUUCUGUGGGUGUGGUUCUGUGUGUGUGUGGUUCUGUGGGUGUGGUUCUGUGUGUGUGGUUCUGUGGGUGUGGUUCUGUGUGUGUGGUUCUGUGGGUGUGGUUCUGUGGGUGUGGUUCUGUGUGUGUGGUUCUGUGGGUGUGGUUCUGUGUGUGUGGUUCUGUGGGUGUGGUUCUGUGGGUGUGGUUCUGUGUGUGUGGUUUCUGUGUGUGUGGUUCUGUGGGUGUGGUUCUGUGUGUGUGGUUCUGUGUGUGUGGUUCUGUGGGUGUGGUUCUGUGUGUGUGGUUCUGUGGGUGUGGUUCUGUGUGUGUGGUUCUGUGUGUGUGGUUCUGUGUGUGUGGUUCUGUGGGUGUGGUUCUGUGUGUGUGGUUCUGUGGGUGUGGUUCUGUGGGUGUGGUUCUGUGUGUGUGGGUUCUGUGUGUGUGGUUCUGUGUGUGUGGUUCUGUGUGUGUGGUUCUGUGUGUGUGGUUCUGUGGGUUUCUGUGUGUGUGGUUCUGUGUGUGUGGUUCUGUGUGUGUGGUUCUGUGGGUGUGGUUCUGUGUGUGUGGUUCUGUGGGUGUGGUUCUGUGUGUGUGUGUUCUGUGUGUGUGUGUUUCUGUGUGUGUGGUUCUGUGGGUGUGGUUCUGUGUGUGUGGUUCUGUGUGUGUGGUUCUGUGUGUGUGGUUCUGUGGGUGUGGUUCUGUGUGUGUGGUUCUGUGGGUGUGGUUCUGUGUGUGUGGUUCUGUGUGUGUGGUUCUGUGUGUGUGGUUCUGUGGGUGUGGUUCUGUGUGUGUGGUUCUGUGUGUGUGGUUCUGUGUGUGUGGUUCUGUGGGUGUGGUUCUGUUUGAGGCUGUAA